AUGAUCCAGGCGUCGCGGACCGAUCCGGGUGUCGCGGACCCGCCCGGCGGCGUCUUUUGGGACAAGAAGACGCGCCGCUGGCGCUGCCAGCUGGGGUACCAGUCCAAGAAGAUAUUUUUGGGAUACUUUGACACGGCGCAGGACGCUGCCAAGGCCUAUGACAGAAAGCUCGUGGAGCUGCGGGGCGCAAGCGCGCGCACAAACUACCCCAUUACCGAGUACCUGCAGCUUCUGAACGCCGCCCCCAUCGGCGGCCCCGCCCCCGGCCCCGCCGCCGCGUCGCCGCACCCCUCCGGCGCGUCGCUGCUGCACUCCCUGGACGGCCUCGACGACGGCGGGGGCGGCAGCAGCAUGGGCGGCGCGGCCGCGAGCAGCGGCGGCGGCGCGCCGGCGAGCGGGUCGUAUGCUGACCACUUGGCCAUGCACCAGGACCUGGGCGGCGUCAGCAUCGGCAUGGGCGGCGGGGCAGCUUCCGCGCAGCUGCUGCAGCAGCACCUGCUGAGCACGUUGACCGGCAGCGGCGGCGGCGCAGGCUCGGCCUCAGCCGGCAACGUCGGCGGCGGCAACGGGGGCGGCGGCGCCGGCGGUGGUGGCGGCGAGAAUUCCCUGCACAACCAGCUGCUUAGGCGGCUCGACGACGCGGCAGGCGUGCUGGGCGCGAUCUCGGGGUCGGGCUCCGACCCAGGCCGCGAAAUUUCGAGCUCCUUCGGGGGCGCGUGCGGCACCGGGCUGGGCGCGGCGUCGGCGGCCAUGGUGAUGGCCGCCGGCCUCGGCGGCGGCGGCUUGAUGGGCGGGCUGGACGGGGGCGGCUUUGACCUCUCAUCCGCGGGCCUGGCCGGGCUCGGCGGCGGCGGCGGCGGCGGCGCUGCGCCGUCGUCGAUGGUGGGCCAGCUGAUGGAGGAGCUCGCGGCAGCUGAGCAGGCGCGCCGCGCGCAGCAGCAGCAGCUGGACGCGGCGGUGGCGGCGGUGCAGCAGCAGCAGCAGCAGCACCAGCAGCAGCAGCACCAGCAGCAGCAGCAGCAGGCGGGGUACGGGGGCAUGGACCACGACGGCGGAUGCGGGGAGCUGACUCAGCACCACGUUGGCGGCGGCGACGACCACGGCGGCGCCGGCGGGACACCCGUGUCACUCGAGCAGGCGACCGCGGCGCUCGUUGCCGCCGGCGGUGGCGCGGCGCCGCCGGGCGGCGCGGGCGGGUUUGGGAGCCUGCUGGACGCCUUCUCAAGCGGCGACGACCCGUACGGCGCGGUCGCAGCCGCGGCGGCGGCGGCUGGCUACGGCGGCGGCGGCGGGCUGGGCGGGGGCCUUGGCGCCUACAGCAGUGCGCUCGCGCUGGACCCUUUCGGCGGCCUCGGCUCGAUGCCUGUGUCGAUGCCGCUCCCCGCCCUCGACCCCCCACCCGCACCAAGCCCGCCGGCGGCGGCGGCGGCGCCGGCGCGCGCGGCGUCCGGCGGCGGGCUGCGGACAAAGGCCGCGCGCGGCGGCGGGGGCGGCGGUGGCGGCGGGGGCGAUGGCGCGGAGGCGCACUCCUUCAGGGGUGUCUUUUGGGACAAGAAGAGCCGCCGGUGGCGCUGCCAGCUAGGGCACAAGAACAAGAAGAUAUUUCUUGGAUACUUCAACGACGCGGCUGAGGCGGCGCGGGCCUAUGACGCAAAGCUGGUUGAGCUCAAUGGCGCAAACGCCAAGACCAACUUCCCGCUCCACGACUAUCUGGUGCCAACCAACAACAGCACCCGCGGCACCAGCGGCAGCAUGGAGGCAGUCCAGUUGGCGCAGCGCCCUGUGCCGCUGCGCAGCGGCAGCGGGGCGGGCGGCGGCGGCGGCGGCGGCGCGCGGCACGGGUACGGCGACCUCGGGGGUGGCAGGGCCGACACUUGGGGCACGGGGGACCCCGCGGAGGACGCGGCUGCGGGCGACGACGCUGCAGCCAAGCGCCGCCGCCUCAACGGCGGUGCCGGCGACGGCCCCUUGCUGUUUGGGCCCUCUCUGCUGGCAGGGGACAACGUGCUCGCGGCAAGCCUGGGCUUUGGCGGGGGCUUGUCCGGCCUGGACGGCGGCGGCGCGGGGCUGGACGGCGGCGGCAUGGGAUUGGGCGCCGCGCGCGCCGGCAGCGGGGGCCACCGGCUUGUAGAGACUGGCCCCGGCCUGCUGGGCUCGGGGCUCUCCCGGGGCCCCAGCGGCGCGCCGCUGCCGCCCGCCCCGCUCAACGGCGGCGGCACCGCGGGCGCAGCGGCGCGCGGGCUGCUGCCGCCGCUCGCGCCGGGCGGGGCGGGGGGGCUCGCAGCGUAUGGAGGCGGCGCGCUUGGCGGCGGCGGCGGCGGCGCCGGCGGCGGCAAUCUUGACCGCAUGGCGAGCAGUGAGGCUUUGUCGGCGCUCCCCGCCAGCGGCGUCGACGGCCACUAUUCCAUGCAAGACCUCAGCCCUCAGACGGCCGCAGUCGCCGCCACAGGACGCGUGGGCUACGGCGGCGGCCUCCCCGGCGGCGCCUGGGGCGCGCCGGGCGGCAGCGGCUACGGCGGCGGCGGCGGCCUGCUCGGAGCGCUCGGCGGCGGCGGCGCGCUAGGGCUGCCGCCUCUCGGGCUCGGCGCUAGCAAUGGCGUCGGCGGCGGCGCGCUGGGCGGGGAUGCGCUGUCACACCUGGGGGGCGUGUUGCGCGGCCUCGGCGACGGCGGCGGCGGCGGCGGGCAGCAGCAGCUGCCGCCCGUCGCGCCGCUGAGCACAGGCGGGAUGGACGAGCAGACCGAGGCCGCGCUGCUGGCGCGCGUGCUCGGCCUCGGCGCGCCCGGCGGCUUCGGCGCGCCCACGCCCAGCGCCGGCGCCGCGGGCGGCGGCGGCGGCCUGUACGGCCAGGGCGGCGCGCCCGGCUACGCUGGCCUCGGGUCCGCGCUACAGCAGCAGCAGCCCAGCGCGGCGCGGCCGGCGGCGCCGCCAGGCGGACUGGCCGGCCUGGGGGCGGACGCAGCGGGGCUGACUGGGGACGAUGUACACCAGGUGCUGCAGUCGCUGUUCGGGGAGGACAUUGCCCGCGAGCUCGCGACGCCGCCCGCGCCGCUGCAGGCGGCGCCGCCGCCCCGAGCGGUGGCGGCCGAGCCGGCGCAUGCUCUGGCGGAGGCGUUGGCCGGGUCGGCAGAGCGCGAGCAGCAGCAGAUGCAGCAGCAGCAGCAAUUGCACCAGCAGCAGCUGCACCAGCAGCAGCUGCAGCAACAGCAGCAGCAGCUCGAACAAGCAGCCCUUGAGCAGCAGCAACAACAGCAGCAGCAACAGGCACUGUUUGAGCAGCAGCAGCAGCAGCAGCAGCAGCAGCAGCAGCAGCAGCAGCAGCAGCAGCAGCAGCAGCAGCAGCAGCAAGCCGAGAACGACGAGAAGAAUGUGGCCCCAGUGGGGGCAGCCGGGCCGCCGCCCGAGGCCGCACCGGUCCCUUACGCUGGGGCCGAAACCGGCACGCCGCAUGCUCCCGCAGUGGCUGCAGAUGCAGCAGAGGGGGAGCUGGCAUCUGGCCUAGCAGGGGCCAGCGCCGCCGUCGAGCCGCCGCCCCCCGAGCCGGCGGCGCCCGCUGCAGCACCCCACGCCGCCGGCGAGGAGCCCGGCUCAGGCGGGAGCGUGGCAGCGGAGGAGGCGCCCGCGCCGCCCAAGGUGCCUCAGGAUGCGCCGGCUGCGCUGAUGGAGGUCCCUGCAGACGGAGUGCAGGCGGCGGCGUGA